GCUCUGAGUUUGGGAUUAGCUCAUGGGAUGGGGCUGAUGAAAUCCCAGGAAAUUCAGUCUUUAUUGGCUGUAGGCCCAGAGCCUCUUUCCAAACAGCAAGGGUCUACACAGGGCUCUUGUUUGGAGCGGGGAAAAUGCCCCCCUGGAGGGAACUCACCCCAUCCACUUCUGUUGGAGAGCAACAGAAAGGAGUUUGGGUCCUCCCAUCUGGAGCCUGGAUUAGCUGUAGCCAGCUGGAAGGGGACUCAGGUGUCUGGGCAGGCUCUUCCCUGCGGCGGACCUUCAGCUUCCUCUUGAGCAUGACGGGCAAAACCAAGAACCGGGAAAAGGAGAAGAUGAAGGAAGCCAAGGACGCCCGUUAUACCAAUGGGCACCUCUUCACUACCAUCUCAGUUUCGGGCAUGACUAUGUGCUAUGCCUGUAACAAGAGCAUCACAGCCAAGGAAGCCCUCAUCUGCCCAACCUGCAAUGUGACUAUCCACAACCGCUGUAAAGACACCCUGGCCAACUGUACCAAGGUCAAGCAGAAGCAACAGAAAGCUGCUCUGUUGAAGAACAACACUGCCUUGCAGUCUGUCUCUCUUCGAAGUAAGACAACUACCCGGGAGCGGCCUACCUCUGCCAUCUACCCCUCCUCCGACAGCUUCCGACAGUCCCUCCUUGGCUCCCGCCGUGGUCGCUCCUCCUUGUCUUUAGCUAAGAGUGUUUCUACCACCAACAUUGCUGGACAUUUCAAUGAUGAGUCUCCCCUGGGGCUGCGUCGGAUCCUUUCUCAGUCCACAGACUCCCUCAACAUGCGAAACCGAACCCUGUCAGUGGAAUCCCUUAUUGAUGAAGGUGCAGAAGUGAUCUAUAAUGAGCUGAUGAGUGACUUUGAAAUGGACGAGAAGGACUUUGCAGCAGAUUCCUGGAGCCUUGCUGUGGAUGGCAGCUUCCUGCAGCAACAUAAAAAGGAAGUAAUGAAGCAGCAGGAUGUCAUUUAUGAACUAAUCCAGACGGAGCUGCACCAUGUGAAGACACUGAAGAUCAUGACCCGCCUCUUCCGCACUGGGAUGCUAGAAGAACUACAGUUAGAGCCAGGAGUGGUCCAGGGCCUAUUCCCCUGCGUGGAUGAGCUCAAUGACAUUCAUACCCGCUUCCUUAGCCAACUGUUAGAACGCCGGCGCCAAGCCCUGUGCCCUGGCAGCACUCGGAAUUUUGUCAUCCAUCGUUUGGGUGACCUGCUUAUCAGCCAGUUCUCAGGUCCCAGUGCAGAGCAGAUGCGGAAGACCUACUCAGAGUUCUGUAGCCGCCACACAAAGGCCUUAAAGCUCUAUAAGGAGUUGUAUGCUCGAGACAAACGCUUCCAGCAGUUCAUUCGGAAAGUGACCCGCUUAGCUGUGCUGAAGCGACAUGGGGUACAGGAAUGCAUCCUCCUGGUGACUCAGCGCAUCACCAAGUAUCCAGUGCUCAUCAACCGGAUCCUUCAGCAUUCCCAUGGAAUUGAGGAGGAGCGCCAGGACCUGACAGCAGCACUGGGGCUAGUGAAAGAGUUGCUGUCGAAUGUGGACCAAGAUGUUCAUGAGCUGGAGAAAGGAGCUCGCCUGCAGGAAAUCUAUAACCGCAUGGACCCUCGGGCCCAGGCCCCAGUACCUGGCAAGGGCCCUUUUGGCCGAGAGGAGCUUCUGCGGCGCAAGCUCAUCCAUGAUGGCUGCCUGCUCUGGAAGACAGCGACAGGUCGCUUUAAAGAUGUGCUAAUGCUGCUCAUGACCGAUGUGCUACUGUUUCUCCAAGAGAAGGAUCAGAAGUACAUCUUUCCUGCUCUGGACAAGCCUUCGGUGGUAUCACUGCAGAAUCUGAUUGUUCGGGACAUUGCCAACCAAGAAAAGGGGAUGUUUCUGAUUAGCGCGGCCCCUCCUGAGAUGUAUGAGGUGCACACAGCAUCCCGGGAUGACCGGAGCACCUGGAUGCGAGUCAUUCAGCAGAGUGUGCGCGUAUGUCCAUCCAGGGAAGACUUCCCCCUGAUUGAGACAGAAGAUGAGGCUUACCUGAGGCGGAUCAAGAUGGAACUUCAGCAGAAGGACCGGGCACUGGUAGAACUGCUGCAGGAGAAGGUUGGACUGUUUGCUGAGAUGACCCACUUCCAGGCAGAAGAGGAUGGCAGUAGUGGGAUUCCCCUGCCCAGCCUGCCCAGGGGCCUUUUCCGCUCAGAGUCCCUGGAGUCACCUCGUGGCGAGCGGCUGCUGCAAGAUGCCAUCCGUGAGGUGGAGGGCCUGAAAGACCUACUAGUGGGGCCUGGAGUGGAGCUGCUCUUAACAUCCCGAGAAUCCCUGCCCUUGGAAACAGACAGCGGUGGUAACACAAGUCCUGGGGUCACUGCCAAUGGAGAGGCCAGGACCUUUAAUGGCUCCAUUGAGCUCUGCAGAGCUGACUCAGACUCCAACCAGAAGGAUCGAAAUGGAAACCAGCUAAGAUCCCCUCAGGAGGAAGUGUUACAGCGAUUGGUUAAUCUCUAUGGACUUCUUCAUGGCUUACAGGCAGCUGUGGCUCAGCAGGACACGUUAAUGGAAGCCCGGUUCCCAGAGGGUCCUGAGCGUCGGGAGAAGCUGACUCGAGCUAAUUCCCGGGAUGGUGAGGCUGGCAGGGCCGGGGCUGGGCCUGUGGCUCCUGAAAAGCAGGCCACAGAGCUGGCACUACUGCAGCGACAGCAUGCACUGCUGCAAGAGGAGCUGCGGCGCUGUCGGCGGCUGGGUGAAGAGCGGGCAACUGAGGCCGGCAGCCUGGAAGCUCGGCUCCGGGAAAGUGAGCAGGCCCGGGCUCUGCUGGAGCGGGAGGCUGAAGAGGCUCGAAGGCAGUUGGCGGCCUUGGGUCAGAAUGAGCCACUCCCAGCAGAGGCCCCCUGGGCCCGCAGGCCUCUGGAUCCUAGGAGACGAAGCCUCCCAGCAGGCGAUGCCCUAUACUUGAGCUUCAACCCCCCACAGCCUAGCCGUGGCCAUGACCGCCUGGAUCUGCCUGUGACUACUCGCUCCCUCCACCGACCCUUUGAGGACCGUGAGAGGCAGGAGCUGGGUAGCCCGGAGGAGCGACUGCAAGACAGUAGUGACCCUGACACAGGCAGUGAGGAGGAAGGGAGCAGCCGACUGUCUCCACCCCACAGUCCACGAGACUUUACUCGAAUGCAAGACAUCCCAGAGGAGACAGAGAACCGAGAUGGGGAACUUGUGGCUUCAGAGAGCUAAGCGGGCCCCUCCCUCUGCCCAGUGCCCCCCUGAAGAACAUUACUGAGGGGGGCAAACCUUGAGAACUCCAAUCUGCCAAUGAUGAGGGAACAUUUGAAAGAACUGCUAAUUGUCCUUGCCAGCUCUGGGAUCCUUGGAUACCUAGGGGCAUUUAGGAAGUGGGGGAUUUAGGCCACAAUAACCCCCAGUGGCAUCCAAAAGCCUACACCACAGAUGCCAAUUUUUCAUGCCUUCUUCCCUCUACUUUAGAAAAAUUUAUUUAUUUAUUGUUUAUUAGUUAUAGGGGGAGAGAGGAGACUUAAAGGACCAGAGACAUGGGAACCAAGCCAUAGGGAUCAGGGGCCCUUCUCCUUUAACACUACUGGGGUCUGGGUAUUCAGGCUUAGCCAUGCGGCUGCAGGGUUCAAGUCUGACACUCUCCCCAGCAAACAUGAAAGAAA